CCCCGGAAGUAGACGUCGUCCAGGAAGUGGAGGGUAAGAGGAGAGGACUGAACAUAAACCUCCGCCUGUGACUGGGAGCCCAGGCAUGACAGAGCCCCGGGGACCACCGGCCGCCUGAGAGCGGGACCCGGGAAGAGGCGGAGAGCGGGGGACACCCGGACAGGGCACUCACACCACGAUGUUGCUGAAUCUACAUCCCCUGGAGAACCUCAAGUCCUGCAUCAGCAGCCGACCCCCUCUGGUGGUGUUUAUGGUCAGUGUCAGUGGCAUGGCCAUAGCUUUUCUGACUCUUGGCUACUUCUUCAAAAUGAAAGAGAUCAAAUCGCCUGAAAUGACAGAGGACUGGAAUACCUUUCUCUUGAGGUUUAAUAAUCUGGACUUUUGUAUAUCUGAAAAUGAAACCUUAAAGCAUAUUCUUAAUGAUACCAGCCCACCAGAUAGUACAGUCACCACUGGCCAGGCUAGGUCAUCCACACAGACCCCCCAGGCAUUGGAAGACACCGGCCCUAUAAAUAUCUCUGUAGCCAUUACCCUGACGUUGGAUCCCCUGAAACCUUUUGGAGGCUACUCUCGUAACAUCACGCAUCUCAGUUCUACCGUUUUUGGUCAUCAAAUUGGACUUUCAGGCAGAGAGUCCCAUGAGGAAAUGAAUAUAACGUUCACUCUGCCGGCUGCCUGGAACUCUGAUGAAUGUAUCCUCCACGGGCACUGUGAACAGGUGGUAUUUACUACUUGUAUGACUGUGACGGCAGUGAGCAGCGUGUUCCCAGUCACUGUGCAACCACCCCACUGCAUUCCCGAAACGUACAGCAAUGCCACCCUGUGGUACAAAAUGUUUACUACUGCUCGAGACUCUAGCACAAAAUAUGCACAGGACUACAACCCUUUCUGGUGUUAUAAGGGAGCAAUUGGGAAGGUGUACCAUGCAUUAAACCCUAAGCUUACAGUUAUUGUUCCAGAGGAUGACCGCUCCCUUAUUAAUCUGCACCUGAUGGAUACCAGCUACUUCCUGUUUGUAAUGGUCAUCACUAUGUUCUGCUAUGCAGUCAUCAGAGGUCGACCAAGCAAGAUAAGGCAAAACAAUGCAGACUUCUGCCAAGAGAAGGUUGCUCUUUCUGAAGCAUAGCCAUCCUUCCUGCACCAUCAGAUAUGAACUGGAGUCAUUGCCUGUUGACCCCACCAGGAGAAUGUGUCAUGUGUCCUUCUAGGGGGGAGGGAGGAACACACAACUUCGCAAUGUUGGUUUCUUCCAACCAAAGACAUUUUAAGUGCCUGUAAUUGAUUUGUACAUAUUUAUAAAUAGGUACAUUUAAAGAGGCUUGGUGCAAAUGUACUGCAUCGCAGGAACUUGUGUUUUACUCCUUGUACCUGUGGACUAGCCAUUGUUUUCUCGUGUAGAUAUGUUUAGUGGCUGUGUAUAGUGGGCAGUAUGACUUGCCUGAUUCAUAUGUUUAAUGAAUGAGAUCCUGAUCUCAAGCAACACUGCACUUAUUUGUUUUUCAGUAUCUAGAGAAAUGAUACCUUUGAAUUAAAGGAUGAAAUGUUGUUUCUGCAUGGAAAAGGCCUUUAUUCUGUUAGCUGUUUGUCUUAAAGCAUCAUUCUUCCUAGCACACCAGCUUUGGAGAGUCUGUAGAUCCAUUAAUUAUUCAAAUGUUGGUUUGAAUGUGAAAUCGUAAUCAUUACAGAAUCAAUGGGACCUAUUUGCAAAGCAUCCAUUUUGCAUUGUGGUCCUACGGGGAGUAUCUUAAAAGUUGACAUCAUUAAAAUAGAGAAGAGACACUUUUAGUGACUGUGGGACCCUGCUACAUGUAUUGGAGGUGCAAUUUUUUGCCAUUCAGAAGAAUUCGAUUUAAAUUUUUACUUUAAAAACUCUGGAGAUGGCAAUUUUCAUUCUUUGCAGAUCAUCUGACCCCCAUACCUUUUUCAUUGGUUACUUUGGAAAGGGCAUACCUGAUAUAGUAGUAUAAAACUGCAGUGGGCAGGAAACCAGUAGCUGUUGCUGCUGUAACAAUGCAGUGGCUGCUUCCUACCAAACUUGGCUGUAUGUAGCUUGCUUACAGUAACUAUUCAGUGUCUUCAUUUGAGAAGCAGGUUGCCUGGCGUAGGGCAACCCAGUAUUGUGUAAAAGCUUUUGAUAAAUGCUGUUUGCGCUCUACUAAUGUUAACCCUGACUUUAACAAAGGAUAAGGCAAAAUGCUGUCUGGUUAAGCAUUUCUAAACUAUCUUUAACGUUUUAAGGUAAACUGUUCCCUUUCUGAAUAAGUAUCUGCAUUUCAGGAGGACUGUAGAUUCCCUAUAAUGCUGGUUUUGCACCCAUUUUGUGGAAACUCACAGUAAUACAUGGGGUAUGCAUGCCCUGCAUUGUGGUGCCAUUCAUUUUAAAUGGCACCAUAACCUACAUCCUGUGCUUUGUGGUGCAAUGCUUUUUCAAAUGAGUGCAGGUAUGUUUUGAAGCAUGUUAACAUCCUGAUAAAAAAUGUCUGCCCUGAGAUAAUGCACCCCACAUGAAAAGGGGCCCUGUGGUUGAAUCGAACCAGCAGAUUUAAUACUCACAGCACUUACUGACUUUAGUGAAAACUUCUUUAGGCCGCGAAAUAUUAGCUGUGUUGUCUCUGUUCAUUUUACAAACUUAUGUUUUUUUAGUAAAGUAAACCAAAAAAAAGCAGCAAAUAAGCAAUUUUUAUGUUUGGAUAGUGAUGUCUACCAUUUUGUAGAGAUCAGUGAUGUAGAUAUAGUAUAUUCCAGGGGUUAUGCUGCAAAAACACAAUAGACAUACAGUUCAGCUAAGAGCCGCAGGUGGCAAUACCAGUCCCUUCAGCUUUUCCUUCUAUUGUUUGUUAAUUGCACUUGCUUGACAAUGCAGCCAUGGAGAGGAGGCCUGGCGCAAUUCAUGUCCUGUCUUUUAUCAGCAAUGAACAGUUUUGGGUUCUCUUGAAUGAAUCCUGGUCAUCGCCAAUGCCAGCCAUGCUAAUUUUCAUUGAUUAUUUUAUUUUUUUUGUCUCCAUUAGUCUUCAGAAACUGUGGCCUCCUGGUUUAUGUGGAAUGCUGUUUGGUUUUCUGAAUAAAGCUAUCCCUGGUACUGUGA